AACUGGCUGCCAAACCGCCACUUAGGGCACUUGCGACUUCGGGAUGCCACGGAGCUGAAAUCCUUUUCGUCAUGUGGCGUCGCAGACUUUUGUGCGUCUGCAGCUCGGGCUCUCUUGAACCCUAAACCUCUUCCAGCUUCCUUCCGAUUUCGGUUCUCUGCAUUCUUCUACAAUAGCUGACGGCCCUCGCCAUCAAUGUCGUGGCUAAAGUCCGCCGUCAACAAAUCCGUUGAGGCCAGCGGCAAGCACAAUCUCAUCCGCACUGUACGUAAUUAUGCGGAUACGGUCGGCCAUAACGCCUGCCCGGCCGUCCCUGGAGGGGCUAAGAUCCUCCAUGAUCGGGAGCAUUGGUUAAUUACAGCACACAAAUGUGGAAAUCCUCGUCAAUUGAGCGUUUUUAAUGAGUUUUCAAAGCAACUGAAGGGGGAAGCAAAAAGUAAUCAAGAAUUUCAAAGAUCAAUUAAGGAUCUAAAUGAGAAAUUGGGAGUUGUCAAAGAAGAUCUGAAGGCAAGAACAAGAAAGACCACUGAAAAACUGCAUAAGAGUGUGGAUGAUGCUUGGAUUGAAGCUGAGACAACAUCAAAGAAGGUGGCUGAGAAUGUGAAGGAGAAGUUGACAGCUGCUAAGGAAGAGGUCAAAGAGACUCUGGGACUUGGAACACAGGAAACUUCUGGGUCGUCUCACACGUCGACUAGUUCAGACUCUUUCAGGGUAGAAGAUGGUGACAGUGCAAAUGCUAGGUCAGAGUGUUCUCAAGGUUAUGAGGCUAACAAUUCUCAAGAACAAGCUGGAGUAUCUGACACCCUAUUUGGCAGAUUUAGAAUGAAAAUUUCUUCUGUUUCUCCUAAGUUUUCAUUAGCAUUUCAGAAAUUGCAAGAAACAAAAAUUCAUGAUUUAGCAAAGAAAGGAUAUGAUAUGAUAAGAGAUGAGCUUAGUAAUAGUCCGUCUAGGAGAAGGCGAAUGCGAUAUACAGCUACCUCUGCAUCAUCUGAUCCCAGAAGUGCUAGAACUGAUAUUGUUAUCGUGCCUUCCAAACAGUCACCUCUGGGUGAGAAGUGGGAAACAUUUAAAAGGAAGGUACAAAGUCAUCCUAUUUAUAAGCGGGUGAGGGGAAUUAGUGAACCUGUUGUGGCUAAGGGACAAGAGAUAGCUGAGGAUGUCCGGGAGACAUUGGAGACAAGUGAUCAUCCUUUUGUUCAUAAAAUUAUAGAUUUGAAUGAAGCUGUGUUUGGGGAGAAUGCUACUGCUCUCUCAUUUAAGGAAAUAAGACGUCGGGAUCCGACUUUCUCAUUGCCAGAAUUUGUACAAGAAGUUCAGGAAAUGAUUAGACCUGUUCUGACUGCAUAUUACAAGGGUGAUAUUGAGACGCUAAAAAAGACAUGCAGUUCUGAGGUGAUAGAGAGGUGUAAAGGAGAGCGCAUGGCUUAUGAAAGCCAGGGUAUUUAUUUUGAUAACAAGAUUUUACACAUUUCCGAGGUUGAUGUUCGAGAAACAAAAAUGAUGGGAUCUACUCCUAUCAUUGUUCUUGCUUUUCAAACACAACAGAUUUAUUGUGUUCGUGAUAGACAAGGAUCAAUCACGUCUGGUGGACAGGAUACAAUCCAAACAGUGUAUUAUGGCUGGGCCAUGCAACUGGUGGACACAGAAGAGCUUGGAGAAGGAGCAUACUAUCCUGUGUGGAGGCUACGAGAAAUGCAACAACUGGGCGUUCAAGCUUUGAUCUAAGAAAUAUUUUUUCUCUCAUAGCCGGUAAUUACCUUAUUCUUUUUUUUUUCAAAUUUAAAUAUGGGAUGAUUUUGGUGCAUCCCUUGAUCAAAUUUCAUAGCCAUUUUAGUUUUUUUUUUUCAAUAUGUCGCAAGUUUGAUGUCUUUAGUGAUUGUUUUCUAUGAUCCUCCUGAUUUGCCUGAUGGCAUAAUCUUAAAUAAUCCUUUCUCGUCAUCCUCCCUGUAAGCUCAGGCACAAUAUUUGAAUGCUUGAGAAUUUUGUGAUCCUUUUUAAGAAUGAAUUAUGUAAUCUUUUUACAAUAAUAGACAUGCCAUUAUCUUCUCAA